CGUCACACUAUCACACUAUCAUAGACGAUCUUCGGCAGUGACGCGCAUGUCUGGGCUGGCUGUCAUCACGCUAACAACAUUAGCAUACAUUAGCAUCUUCUCCUCCGGCGGAUGGGAUGGCGCCGCUUCGCCAAGCAUUCACAGCAAGGUGUGGCACCUGUAACGCGUCCAGCGGGAGGUGAGGAGGAGCGGUGUGGGAGGCCACCAUGAGUGUCCAGAGUCUAGGAGGAGCUCUCGGCGAGUCCCUGGGCUCCAGCCUCACAGUACGCAUGAGCGCAGCAGCCGGCGGGCGGAGUUCUCUGGCUCUCAAACCAUCCGGUCGGAUCAGUUCGCUGCUGCAGGCCAUGGUUCCAAACGCUUACAGCAAACUGCAGGAGGAGCGCCUGGCUAUGGCCGACCUGGGCGCCAAGCCCGAGGCCGCCUCGCUCCAGAACGGCUUCAGACAAGAGGCGCCAGCUCACCUGGAAGGCCGACGCCUGUUGGACCGCGCCUCGCGCUCCUCUCUGACUUUGCCCGACGCCGGAGACGGCAGCUACUCCGAAAUGGAGCCCAUGUUGUCUGAGAGGAGACUGUCCGGGGAGGAGAGUGACGGCCAUGAAGACCAGGAGCAGGAAGUACCGCCGGCACCGGUGCACAUCCUGCCCAAGGAGACGCCUCUCGCUAUGGCGCUCCAGAUCCUCCUGCCUUUCCUGCUGGCCGGCUUUGGAACUGUGUCAGCUGGCAUGGUGCUGGACGUGGUGCAGCACUGGGAGGCGUUCCAGUACAUUACAGAGAUCUUCAUCCUGGUUCCGGCACUUCUCGGCCUGAAGGGCAACCUGGAGAUGACUCUGGCCUCGCGCCUCUCCACGGCGGUGAAUGUGGGCAAGAUGGACUCUCCCAUAGAGAAGUGGAAUUUGAUAAUGGGCAACCUGGCGCUGAAGCAGGUUCAGGCCACUGUGGUGGGCUUCUUGGCAGCCGUCGCAGCUGUGGUUCUUGGCUGGAUCCCAGAAGGGAAGUUCCAGAUGAGCCACGCCGUGCUGCUGUGCUCCAGCAGUGUCGCCACGGCCUUCAUCGCCUCCAUGCUGCAGGGUUUCAUCAUGGUGGGUGUGAUUGUGGGCUCCAAGAAGACGGGCAUCAACCCGGACAAUGUUGCCACCCCGAUCGCAGCAAGUUUCGGAGACCUCAUAACCUUGGCCAUCCUGGCCUGGAUCAGCCAAGGACUCUACAAGUGCCUAGACUCCUACCCAUACGUGGCAUCGGUGCUCUGUGCCUUCUUCAUGUGUCUGACCCCUCUGUGGAUGGUGGUCUCCUCCAAGCACCCGGCCAGCCGCACCCUGCUGUACUCUGGAUGGGAGCCAGUCAUCACGGCCAUGGUCAUCAGCAGCAUCGGAGGACUCAUUCUGGACAAGACGGUGUCUGACCCCAAUCUGGCUGGAAUUGUGGUGUACACCCCCGUUAUCAAUGGUAUCGGAGGUAACUUGGUGGCCAUUCAGUCCAGCCGGAUCUCCACCUGCCUGCACUUCCACUGCGCCCCCGGGGAGGUUCCUGAUGAGGCCAAGGGCUGCUACUACCCUUGUCGCACCUUCUACGGGACGGGUGCUAAUCACCGGUCCGCUCAGGUGCUCCUCCUCCUGGUGAUCCCCGGUCAUGUCAUUUUCCUCUACACCAUUCACCUGAUGAAGAGCGGACACACGACUCUGACGCCCAUCUUCAUGUCUGUCUACCUGUCGGCUGCACUGCUGCAGGUGUUGCUGUUGUUGUGCAUCGCCGACUGGAUGGUACAUUCCAUGUGGCGCAGCGGCAAAGACCCCGACAGCUUUUCCAUCCCCUACCUGACGGCUCUGGGGGACCUGCUGGGCACCGCCCUGCUGGCACUGAGCUUCCACUUCCUGUGGCUCAUUGGCGACCAGGACAGUGACGUGGGCGACUGAACCGAGGUUUUGAUGGCGUCCGAUGCCUUGUAGGGACGCCCGCGCUUGGCUGUUUUAUACUCCCCGUCAACAAUAUCUCAGACCUUUUUCCAUGAAGACUCUUGCACCUUUUGCACCAAAGCACUUCCUUCUUGGAGGAGAGCAGUUGGAAUGAUUGACAGCUUGGAGCCUUUUUUAGUGUUCAGCACGUCACCACGGAGCAUCAAACCUUGACAUCAAGGUCAGAAAUUCCAUAUAAGAUCACAAUGUUGUUAUUUUACUUGAUUGUUUUCAUUUUCAAAACCAAUACAAUGUAUAGAUGAUGCAUUUCGGGCUCCCUUCAAGUUUGAGCCGGAAGGGUUUCAGUAAGAAAUAAGUCCUAUAGAAAUGUUGUUUUAUUCACGUUUACAUUUGAAUAGGUCAAUAAUUUAUAACACUGUUAAACGAAGACAGUUUAAAUACAAAAAAAACCCUUAAAAUUCUCGGGAUCCAAAAGGUGUUACAAAUAAGUCAUACAUUUUUUUAUUUUUUUACUUUCAAUGCUUGAGUCUUUUAGAUCAACUUCAGAUCUAUCUGUUAUUUAUAAGUUUCUUUUUUUAAUGCCUUUUUUUGUCAAUGUAAACUUUGUUUUAUCUGGCAAACACAAAAUAUAUGAAAUAUUGUCCCCCAACAAUAUUUCAAAGUGGAAUAUUUGCUGUGUAAUAAUUGGAGCCUCGAAUAGGUCAAUAAUUCAUAACACUGUUAAACAAAGACAGUUCAAAUAAAAAAAAUCCCACUAAAAUACUUGGGAUCUAAAAGUUGUUACAAAUAAGUCAUAUAUUUUUUAUUUUUUUUACUUUCAACGCUUGAGUCUUUAGAUGAACUUCAGAUCUAUCUGUUAUUUAUACGUUUUUAUUAUUGUUUUUAUGUUUCUUUGACAAAAACCAGUGAAGUUGGCACGUUGUGUAAAUGGUAAGAAUACAAUGAUUUGCAAAUCCUUUUCAACUUAACUUUUAACAACACUCAGUAAACGUUUGGGAACUGAAGAGACACAUUUUUUAAGCUUCUCAGGUGGAAUUAUUUCCCAUUCUUGCUUGAUGUACAGCUUAAGUUGUUCAACAGUCCGGGGGUCUCCGUUGUGCUAUUUUAGGCUUCAUAAUGCGCCACACAUUUUCAAUGGGAGACAGGUCUGGACUACAAGCAGGCCAGUCUAGUACCCACACUCUUUUACUAUUAAACCACAAUGUUGUAACGCCUGGCUUGGCAUUGUUUUGCUGAAAUAAGCAGGGGCGUCCAUGAUAACGUUGCUUGAAUUGCAACGUAUGUUGCUCCAAAACCUGUAUGUACCUUUCAGCAUUAUUGGUGCAUUCACAGAUGUGUAAGCUACCCAUGCCUUGGGCACUAAUACACCCCCAUACCAUCACACAUGCCGGCUGUUGAACUUUGCGCCGGUAACAGUCCGGAUGGUUCUCUUCCUCUUUUUUUCCCCCACAGUUUCCAAAAACUAUUUAAAUUGUGGACUCGUCAGACCACAGAACACUUUUCCACUUUGCAUCAGCCCAUCUUAGAUGAGCCCAGCGAAACCGGCGACAUUUCUGGGUGUUGUUGAUAAAUGGCUUUCGCUUUGCAUAGUAGAGCUUUAACUUGCACUUACAGAUGUAGCGACGAACUGUAGUUACUGACAGUGGUUUUAUGAAGUGUUCCUGAGCCCAUGUGGAGACAUCCUUUACACACUGAUGUCGCUUUUUGAUGCAGUACCGCGUGAGUGAUCGAAGAUUCAAUGUUGGUUUUCGGCCUUGCUGCUCACGUGCAGUGAUUUCUCCAGAUUCUCUGAACCUUUUGAUGAUAUUACGGACCGUAGAUGGUGAAAUCCCUAAAUUCCUUGCAAUAGCUGGUUAAACAAUUUGCUCACGCAUUUGUUGACAAAGUGGUGACCCUCGCCCCAUCCUUGUUUGUGAAUGACUGAGCAUUUCAUGGAAUCUACUUUUAUACCCAAUCAUGGCACCCACCUGUUCCCAAUUAGCCUGUUCACCUGUGGGGUGUUCCAAAUAAGUGUUUCAUGAGCAUUCCUUAACUUUCUCAGUCUUUUUUGCCACCUGUGCCAGCUUUUUUGAAACAUGUUGCAGGCAUCGACUUCCAAAUGAGCUAAUAUUUGCAAAAAACAACAAAGUUUACCAGUUCGAUCGUUAAAUAUCUUGUCUUUGCAGUCUAUUCAAUUGAAUAUUGUUUGAAAAUGAUUUGCAAAUCAUUGUAUUUUGUUUUUAUUUACCAUUGACACAACGUGACAACUUCACUGGUUUGUGUAUGGCAAACACAAAAUAUAUGCAAUAUUUUCCCCCCAACAAUACGUGGAAUUGUGAUAUUUGAUGAUAUAUAAUAGGAGCCUUGAACAACCUUUUUAAUUCAUUAUUAUUUUUUGAGUAAUGACAGUUUAAAGAAGAAAAAAAACAGCCUGAUGGCAGCUUUGUGUUAUCAGUCGACAUUGCAAGCACACACCAGCAUGUACACAACGUUACACAAAGGCAGUGUUUGUCCACUGUGUGGAAGCAGCGUGAGAUGUCGUUCCUCUAAAAGCAAAUUAGUCAGAGCAAGAUGUCUCCUCGCAAUAGCGCUGACGUGUGUGUGCGUGUGUGUUUGUGCGUGUGUGUGUGCAUGGUGACGCAUGCUGCUCAUCGCCAUGGCGACUCGAUGCCAUCAGACUCAGACCACACUUUUCACGGAACCUUGUGUCCACUGCGUCUCCUUCAAAGGACUCUGGUGUCCACCACGGCCACAAGCCCCGACAUGUGCCUCUUGGCCGUGACUGAUGGGCGAGCUUCUUUCCUCUUGUCGCUUCCAGUCGUCGCUCACUUUUCAGAACGCGUCACAUUAAAACGGAAUCAUGCUGAAACACGAGCAGU